AGGUCUUAAAAUAAAAUACAGUACAAUUUUUUUUAUGAAGAGUGAUGCGCCUUUAUGCGCGCAUAAUCUUAACUUAUAUGUAGAAGAAAUACAAAAAUUAUAAUAAGCCUCUCUAAAAUAAUGAACUAAAAAAUCUGAUGUAUUGUGGAACGAUUUUCUGUCAUCCCCUAUCAGAUUUUGAGCCGAAUUCAGAGUUAUUUUUCACUCUCUAAAAUGUAUUGAAGCUUUCAAAAAAUUAAGAAACUCUACGCUCCAAGCUCAUUUUUCAAGCGCUGUCCCGCCACUAGCUCAAUGAAAACCGUGUACCCUUAUAUCGAAGUUCAUAAAGUCUAGCAAAUAUUUACAAAAUUCUGCAAUCGUUUAUCUGCUUAGUGGAAUGCUUUAACAAAUUCUCAUUAUCUAAUCAUCACUCCUCUUGCAGGUCAAAUAUUUCCGAUAAUAUUUAUGUAUUGUAAAUUUUUACCAUUUACCAUAUUUUUGUUUACAAAUUUUUAGAAUGAAACUCGAUGCAUCGGUCAGUCGAUAUGCGUGUCAGUGUGUGCGUGCAAAGCUUAAAACAAAAACUAAAUAUUUACUAUUCUCAACUAUUUUCUAACAUAUUUUGUGUUCUUGUUCCAAUUGUCUUUGGCUAAAUGUAGAAUACCAACAGCAGCCAGCAGCUACGACUACUGCAGCAGCAACAAAUAUCAACUACAGCCUAAUCGGUGGCAGCAACAGCAGCGGCAUCGGCAGCAAAGCCAACAGCAACUGCGAUAACAACAACAACAACAACAACAACAGCUACAAUAUACUAGACGGCGACGAAUUUGAGGAUUUUGAAUUUGACAUGGAAAUGCUUGCAGAUAGCAGCAGUAACGUAGAAAUGUUCAUUACGAACAACAGCAACAACAGCAACAAUACCAGUACCACCAACAACACCAUCAACAACAUAAGUAACGAGAUGAAUUAUAUCAACGACACAUUUACCGGCUGCAGCAGUAACAACAUCAAUACUAACAACAUCAGCAACAAUAAAAAUAACAACAAUAUGUGUUACAAUACCAAUUUGAUCAAAAGUGAAUAUGUAGAAGAUCUAUCCCAACAAUAUCUCGUUUCGUGCGAUCUCCUAAAUUUGGAGGAAUGGCAGCCAAGCCAAGAUUCUACAUUGAAUAUCGAUUCUAUGCCAGAUUUGCCCGACAUCAGCGAAAACGCAGUCGAUUUCAAUAACUGCAAAGAACUGGACGACAUUUUGCUUAGCUCACAAAAUCCUAUGUUCGCAUGUGCUUCUGUAUGCAGUAGCAAUAAUGUGAGCAAUAGCCAACAAAUGCAAUUUAAUUUCAUCGACAACUCGGAGCCUUUCGUUCCGAAAAUUGAAGACGAUGACAUCUUUUGUGAGGGCGACAACACGUUCGUAGCAGUCACGGAACCGGUGGCAAUGGCAGUAGCACCCGUUAGUCUACCAUCAGUAUCAACAUUAAAACACAGCACCAGAUUGCGUAAUAAGCGUCUGAAGGUGCAUCUACCAACUGUGCCAGCAGAAGAUCCACUCUCCACGCCAAUUGUGCUCGGUGGCAUUGUAGAUCUGCAGGAUGAAAAAAUGGAUAUUGAGUCUUCUAUUUAUCUGGGAAAUUCCGUUGUUAAUAUUGGAGAUAUUGUAGAGUCUUUGAAGGAUCAUACCAGUCCGUACACAUACACCGAUGAGGAAUCACCAUCGACACCGCAAAGCAGUUACUCUUUUACAACAAGCACAACUCCCUACUCACCCGCGCCAUCCAACAUCUCGUUCAACCAACAGACGAAUAGUAAUAAAAGGAAACGUGGCCGUCCCGCUAAGGAGCACAGCGAUCAACCAGAUCCAGCGCAAUUAGAAAGUAUGCCAGAUUUGGACCGCAAGAAACUACUCGAUCGUGCAAAGAACAACGAGGCCAGCCGGGUUUCACGUAGAAAGAACAAAGAACGCGAAGAGCAGGAAAAAGCAACAGAGCGUAAGCUGUUGGAGCGAAAUUUGAUGCUACGAACGCGACGAAAGGAGUUGGUUAAGAUGGAGAAAAAACUAAAACGUGCUCUCAUGCGAGCCGCACCUUUUGCACUGUAGUUGGAAUGGAGGGAUCCAUGAGAA